AUGUCUUCUAACCUUUUUAGAUCUUUAGAUACUGCUCUGAAGUUGGAAGCUCUGGUUGGCGAUGUAGAAGAUGCAGUUUUUUGUGAUAUGAAUCACCGUCUAGGGAGUAUGUUCUCUACAAAGCUUUUAAAUCCAUCAAGUUCAACUGAUUUUGGAGUAAAGCAUGAAAGGUUACAUCAUGCUAUAGAAGUCAUGAAAGAUAUUGAAGAAAUAGUAUCGGAUGUUAAAUUUCAGCGACAGUGGCAUCGUCUUUUGGAGUCAGUUGAUACAAGGGUAGAUAAAAUUUUAUCUGUUCUUCGGCCACACAUUCUUGCAGAACAUCGUGCCCUUCUUGCUUCUCUAGGCUGGCCGCCCAAACUUUUAUCAAAUACGGAAAAUGGAGGAAUCUCUGGCAUUCCAAACCCCUUAGUCUUAAUGCAAGGAGAUAAAAGGAAGUCUUAUUGUCAAAGUUUUCUGGUUCUCUGUGCUUUGCAGCACUUGCAGACUAAAAGAGAAGUACGGCGUCUUCAUAUUUCAAAACAAAAUGACCAAAGACUUUGGCCUAUAGAUGAACUGGCAUCCCCCAUUUCGACACGAAUGGAAUAUCACUUCCUAAAAUGGGUAGAGCAGCCUGAGUAUAUUUUUGCUCUCUCAUACAAAAUUACAAGGGAUUUUAUUGUUGGGGUGGAUGAUGUUCUGCAGCCGCUGAUUGACAGAGCGAGAUUAGUGAACUAUAGUGCUAAAGAAGCAUGGGUUUCUGCAAUGGUAAAAAUGGUCUCUGAAUUUCUAGAAAAACGAGUUUUUCAUGCACUCAUUGAAAGACACAAGGAGAAACUUAUGAAACCUGAAGUUAUCUCCUCAUGGCUUCAUCUUGUAGACCUUAUAAUUGCUUUUGAUAAACAGAUGCAAUCACUUGUAAGUUCAGAAACUAGCCUCUUUGGGGUGGACUCCGAAAGUUUUGAUGGACUCUGCAAAAUAUCAAUUUUGACAAUAUUAUGUGAUAGUUCAGACUGGCUCAAGAUUUGGGCAAAGAUAGAGCUAAAGGAUGCUGGAAAGAAACUAAAAGCUGACAUCAAAGAUGAGAAAGCAUGGUUGAUUGAUAACAGAUGUCGGAUGGACACACACACAGCCAGGGAAUCCGAACAAUUUUUAUUAUCUUCCAGAGAGGAGCAUAAAGCUCCAUUAAUAGCAGAAUCAGCACUUAAAAUAACCUGGAAAUUGAUUGAGCGAGGCCUAACUUUAACAGCUAUUUCCCCAAGAAUCCAAUUUAUAAGAUCAACUGCAGGCAGAUUCCUUUGGUACUUCUUUGAUUUUCUGAUGUUUCGGUACAAUAGAAGUAAAUUGUGUCCUGAUGAUCCUGAUGAUAGUGCCUUAAUCACCGUAUGUGGUUUGAUUAAUGCUGCUAGAUAUGUUGAAAACAAACUGCGAGAGUGGAGUGAAGAUGUGAAAUUGUUGGAGAUGAGAAUUGCUGAAAUUAACUCUAACUUUGAUAAGAAAGACAAAAGUAUCGAUAACGUUUGCUUUUUUGGGGAAGAGGUGAAAGCUUUGGCUGAUGUUGAAACCAAUUUGCUUGUGGAUAUCAUUGCCUUCCUUCUUCGCUGGUUUGAAACUCAAUCUUGUGGGUAUUUUGAGGAUGAGGAAGAUUUUGCCUCAAGUGGAGGUUCAGCAGCCAUGGAUUUAGCUGUUUCUAUGCAUCUUGUGGAAGCACUGGAUACUUUGAGAUGUCAUCUUCAUCUUUUAAAGGCGGGUCUCAAUUCAAAUGACUUCUUGGAUUUAUGGCGAAAUGUUGCUGACGGGCUUGACCAUUUUAUUUCUCACUGUAUAUUUACUAGUGAGGUUCAUUUUUCUGACAACUGGAUCAAUCAGUUCGAAACUGAUGCACAAGCUCUCUUCCUUGUCUUCGGAUCCUUCUGUGCUCGGCCAGAAGCAUUUUUCCCUCGUAUCAGGGAGAUUCUUAAACUGCUAAAAAUGAGUAAGGAAGAGGUAAGGCUUUUGCAAGUAGUUUUAUCAAGUGAUAAAAAUAGAAAUACAGUGUCUCAUUCUGUUGGAAUAUCUCAUUUAUCUUUCAACCAAGUUGAGAAAAUUUUGAGGUACAGGAAGUUUGGGUCUUGAUCAAUAUAUACUUUUCGAGGGUUAAUAGUUUC